AUGAACUUGGAUCUACCGUCCACACUAUCUCCGGAGGCAUCUCUGCCUGCCCAAAGCAGUUUAGCCAAAGCUCAAGUUUCCUCGGCUGACAUUCUUCUGGAAGCUCAUCUGCUUAAACAAGCUCCGUUCAAGGCAUCGAAGCAAACCAUACAAGACUUGGAGGAACUUCGACUGUUUCAACAAGCAAAAAGAAGAGACUAUGAGCAGCAUUUGAACAAAAACCGCCUAAAUUAUGGUCAAUGGAUUCGGUACGCCAAAUGGGAAUUGGAACACAAUCAUGACUUCAAGAGAGCCAGAUCCAUCAUGGAAAGAGCGUUGCAAGUGAAUCUGCAGCAUGUGCCUUUUUGGGUGCGUUACAUCGAAUUGGAGUUACUACAUCGUAAUGUCAAUCAUGCAAGAAACGUCCUAGAGCGUGGUGUCACCACAUUACCCUAUACUGAUAAGCUAUGGUACAUGUAUGUUCAGACAGAGGAGACAUUGGGAAACUACAAUAGCGUGAGAAAAAUAUUUGAAAGAUGGAUUUCUUGGAAACCGGCAAAAGCUGUGUGGGAUUCCUACAUUGGAUUUGAGAAAAGAUACGACGAGUAUGAUAAUGUGCGAGCCUUGUUCACUCGUUACUUGGCUGAGUAUCCCCAUGGUGAUGUAUGGUUACGCUGGGCUGACUUUGAGCGGCUCGAAGUUCCACCGAGUGAAUCCCUGAUACCUCGGAUUAGAGGGGUGUUUGAGGCUGCCAUGGAUGCUCUUUUCGAAAAUGGUACCAUAGAAACCGACACUAGCGUACCUCAGAUCAUUCUACGCUGGACUUCGUGGGAAGCAUCACAAGGGGAAACUGAUCGUGCAAGGCAAAUUUUCUUGACUGCGCUAGAAAAAGGGAUGAUCAAGCUGAAAAGCCAAAAACUGAAGAUCUAUGAAGUGUUUGCUGACUUUGAGAAAAUGUUCGGGACAUCAAGUCUGAUAGAUUCUUCAGUCGCCAUGAAACGAAGAAUACAGUAUGAAGAAGAAGUGACAAAGAAUCCUCGAGAUUAUAACGCUUGGUGGGAAUACAUCAAAGCGGAGGAGCAUUCAUCGGUAGAGACUUUGCGGGAUCUCUUUAGAAGAAGUAUAUCGACGCACCCGGAAGAAAAAUACAAGCUGCUUUUGUGGAGAAGGUAUGUCUUUCUUUGGAUCAAGUUUGCUUUGUGGGAAGAGUUUUCUAAUCGUGAUAUUGAACGAGCUCGAAGUAUUUGGACAGAAGCUCUUGUUUUGAUCCCGCAUGCACAUUUCACAUUUGCAAAGAUCUGGAUUAUGGCUGCUGAAUUUGAGUUACGUAAUGACAAAGUCGAAGCAUUAACUAACGCCAGGAAACUUUUGGGAAGAGCGCUCGGCCUCACUUCAAAGCAUAUGAAGAGCAAAAUCUUUAGGUUCUACAUUCAAUUGGAAUCAAGACUAAAUGAGUUGAAAAGAGUGCGUCUCCUAUACAAUAAGUGGAUUGAGGCUGCUCUCAUUCAUGAUUCCGAGCAUCCAGAAAGUCGUGCAGCACUUGGGGUAUUGAAAGAAUUUAUAUUCAAAGAACAACAGCUAGGAGAGGUAGAGCGGUGCAUAUCUCUUUAUGAGAUGGCCAUCGACCUUCCCUUUAAAGAUGAAGUGGAAGUUAAGCUCUCUUUUGAACCUCGUGGCGACCUCUUCGAUGCAUUCAUUACCUUUCUUAAAGAAGAGCUCCUUUAUGAACGAGCAAGACAGGAGUUUCGGAAAGAAAUCGAUCGAAACGCUACACUCAACCUAUGGAUUGAAUUUGCUAAUUUCGAGCUGAGAAUUUUGUCGCCAGACCAAAUAAAGGAUCUUGAGGAUGCUACUGAUGAGGUGGAAUUUCAACUUGGUGACUACCAAAAGGAAAAGUCUCGUGAAGUUUUCAACGAAGCUGUCAAGCAUUUUCGUCAGAGGGACGAUGCCAGAAACUGUAUUGCGGUUCUUAAUGCCUGGAAGCAAUACGAAGAAGCUCAUGGCGAUGUGAACUCUGUAGCUAAGGUUGAAGAGAAAUUUCCCAAGGAAAUUACCAAGAGAAGGGCAACAGAUAAUGAGGAGGAGGUCUACACGGAAUACGAGUUCCCUCAAGAAACUCCAAACCUUAACAAAUUUCUUGCGAACGCAAGAAAAUGGGCAUUACAAUCUAACUCAUGA